GACACUUCUCGCUCACUCUCUCCAGGGUGUUGCCCGAUGCCAUCUUGGCCCGCCGUCGUAGUCAAUUAGACACUAGACACAGAGAACCAGAAGAAGUUUUGAGUGCGGAUCGACGGAGACGGACCCUCCUCGGACGGAACGGAUUUUAUUUCGGAUUUUUUCACCCCGUCGCAGUGCCCGUAAAGUGUCAAAAAACGGCUUGAAAGGUGCGCAAGUGACCAUGUAACGCGCGGGACGUGUCCAGUGCCCGGUGUGCGACGCGUAAAGUUCGGUACGAGCGUUUUUGGGAUUUUUUUUCGGUCAGCUCUGGGUGCACUUUGCCCAAAAUGUCGAUGUAGAAAAGAGCUCUACAGUACAGACGCAUCACCCGAGAAACGAAACAACAACAACAUCAGCAAAAGUAAAGAAAAAAUAGAAAGAACCCACAUACCCCCCCACCACAACAACAACAACAUACUCAGAGACAGACAACAAUCGAGAGCAGUAAAAGAGGAAGAAGAAGAAAAAAAAAACAGUUAAUUUUGCUUAUAAAAUGGAUAGUAAAGAUCAGCUCGCUUCGGAACAGUUGAUACUGUUGUCAUCAGAUGACGAAAACGAUGGCGACGUGGUGAUAGACUACUUAAGCUCCAGCAAUCCACCGCUGGUGACCGGUGGCGGAGGCGGCCUGCUCAAAUGCAAUGAGAACACCGCCGUAACUCCGAAGGACCUUCUCUUACACCAGCUUCAGUCAGCGCCACCGAACAACAACAACGUGCACAACUACAGCAGCAGCAUCGUGGAAAAGUGCAACAACAAGAGCAAGCUAAGCGACAUCGUCAUCGAUACCGGCUUGAGUGACUGCGACCCGCAGUCGGCCACCAGCAACAACAUCCUCGGCAACAGCGGUGGUGUCGGCAACAGUGGCAAUAGCGUUGCCAUCAACAACAGCAACAAUAGCCACGGCCAGCACGGCCACCCCCACGCCAACAUGGUGCCAAUCAUCAGCGUGACCCCGCACAGCCCGGGGGCCAAGUAUAACUUUUUGGAGGACACGCUGAACCACCUGCAAUGCAUCCGAGAAAGUGUGGUUCAGAUGAAGAACUCCACCAUCCAGAACACCAACUUUGGUGGCGCUGGACUGAUCGGAGCUUCGACGCUGUCCUCGAACAAGCUGUUCUCGUCGUGCCCGUCGCUGCCGGAUCUGACCAUCUCGAACCCGGGCGGCAUCUGGCCCCACCAGCAGACCAUGUACGGGCUCAACACCGACCGGCGGAAGUCGUGGACGGCGAUCGAGGACCUGACCGAGUGUGCCAAGUCGUCGCACAAGAGUGUCAGCCUGUCGAGCCUGGACAGCGAGGAGCAGGAAUCGCUGCGAGCCGCCGAGAGGUUGCACAACCGAACCAGCCGGAACAGUACCGGUGGCAUAUCGACGCACUCGCUGAACGAGGCGGAAUUGGCGCGCGAUUUUGAGAAGAUCGUCGCCAAGCGGAACCUGGCCCCGACGGUCUGUCGGAUCCCGCUGCAGAAGAGCAUCUCGACGCCGUCGAUUGCGCCGGUUCGCAAUCAAGGUGCCAAGGAGGACAACGCCACUCCUUCAAGGCAUCUUUCCGACAGUGAAGAUGAAACCCACGACGAUCGGUCACUACUUUGUGUGAGAGACAAAAACAGCGAAGGCUACACCGACCAUCCGGAAAAGCGCAGAAAACGAGGCUCACUGUUUUUCCGCAAGAAAAAGGACAAAAACAAAACCAAGGGCCAAAACUCGACAUGUGACGCUUGUGGCGCGGUUAUAAAUCUGGCCACGUACAAGGAGCAUGCCGUGGAGUGUAAGGCUAAAAUUGCAAAGAAAUAUUUCCAAGUGCAGCCAAAAUCGAGCUCCAGCAAAAAGAACUCCACCAACAGUGAAAAAAGCGGCAAGAAAAUGACUGGAUGCUACUCUCCGUGGAGAUUGGUCGCAAACAAGUUAGGCGUGGUUUCAACUCACGCCAGCCACAGUUCCUCGCACCACGAUGAUCAAGCCAGAGACUAUUACGAUGGCAACAUGCAAAAUGACAACUCAAACUACUCGGACGACACGCCACUCAUUCGGGACGAGUUUUUGCACGAGGCACCGAUCGGACCGCACGACCUCGGCGCGGAACCGAUUCUGGGCGUGGCCAUCGACGAGCACGACUCGUGGAGUCCCAGCGUGCCGAAGGAGAUCGUCAAGUCGCUCAAGGAUAAGCAGGUUAAGCGCCAGGAGCACAUCUACGAGUUCAUAAUGACGGAGAAGCAUCACUGCCAAACCCUACUAGUCAUGCAGAAAGUGUUCGUCGAGAGCCUGCAGAAGCACUUUAGCCACCUGAAUCUGGAGCGGAUGUUCCCGCGGUUGCUCGACCUGACCGAGCUGCACACGAGCUUCCUGAAGAAGCUGCGCCAGAAGCAGCGCGAGGCAGCCGUCGUCGACAGCAUCGCCGACAUCCUGCUGGACUUCUUCUCGGCCAUGUCGGCCCAGAAGCUCAAGUCGGCGUACGGGGAGUUCUGCUCGAACCACCGGUCCGCGCUGAGCACGUUCAAGUGCUACAUGACCGGGGACAACACGUUCGCCGAGUGGUACAAGCACUGUCAGCAGAACCCGCUGCUGAAGAAGAAGGGCAUUCCGGAGUGUAUUCUGUUCGUGACGCAACGGUUGACCAAGUACCCGCUGUUGAUCGAUCCGCUGCUGAAGAGCUCGCGGGAGGACAAGAUCGAGCAGGAGAAGCUGCAGAAGGCGAUGCAGCUGGUGAAGGAGAUUCUGGUCGAUGUGGACGCGCGGGUUGCGGACAAGGAGAAGGAGGACCGUCAAUUAGAGAUCUUCAAGCGGAUCGACGCCAAGUCGUACGCGAUCUUCAAGAAGGACAAGUUUAAAAAGUCGGACAUCAUUUCGAGCAAUCGAAAGCUGAAAUUCGAAGGCGUCGCCACGCUGAUGCAGGGCAGGUCCAAGAUGCAAACCGUACUGGUGGUCGUACUGUCCGAUUGCUUGUUCUUCCUGCUGGAGAACUCCCACAAGUACUCGUUUUUUACGCCGGAGAAUAAGGCCGGCGUGGUAUCGCUGCAGAAGCUGCUGAUCCGCGAGAAGGCCGGCACCGAGUCGCGCGGGAUCUACAUCAUCUCGUCGAAUCCGGCCUACCCGGAGAUGUUCGAGCUGAAGGUGCAGAACCCAAAGGACAAGAACGUGUGGAUUCAGUCGAUAAGAGCGGCUGUUUUGGACUGCCCGUCGGACGAGUCCGAGGUGGAGGACUACAUGACUGCUGAACAACGCCAAAAAUUGAUAGACGCUAAGCAAGCUAACAUUCGUGAGAUUAUCUCGAUGGGAACGACCGAACUGGAAGGCAAAAUGAGGCAAAAAGACUUUGAGCAGGCGAUCCUGCUGGAGGAGAAGAUCGCCCUCCAGCUGAGCCUGCUGCUGGACAAUGAGCACAACAGCGACCAGCUCGGUCCGACGGUCGAGGCGUUCAUCUCGCAGUACGGCUCCUACCGGGAUCUGGUCUCAGACGACUGUGAUACGAUCGAGAUUUGGAAGCGCGUGCUGAACACGAUCCAGGAGAUCAGCACGUUGGCCGCGUCCCUGUACACGGCGGCCACCGGACUGCCCCUGUCGCGGUCCUGCAGCUCGGUUGGCGAACGCCAGAGCGAAGUGUACAUCUCGCCAACGCUACCAAAGCGGGCUGAAACGUUCGGCGGAUUCGACGAGCGCCGGUCCAAGCAGCAACAAUGCAUCACCAACUCGUCCCGGGACGCCGUCCUGUCGACGUUGUCCGCCGGAUACUUUACGAACCGGGAAAGCUACGAGAAGCGCGAGUCGAACGCUUCUGAGAUGGAGGGCGGACCGCCGUUUUCGCCCGGUCCGCUCAGUCACGCUCCCAUGAAGCUGAUGACCCCGGAUAUACUGACCACGGAGCAGGCCAAAGACAACAGCUUCGCGGCGUUGCACGUGUCCCACCAUCUGCACACGCUGCUCUGCAUCAUCUCCCAGCAGAUGACCACCAUCCAAAGUCUGCAGCACCAGCUGAACUCGUUCCGGGAGAACCCCAAGAACAUGUACCGCCAUAAUGACCAGCUGGAAGAGCUGCGCAACCUGCAGGACAAACUCCAGGAGGAGAAGACGGCCUGGCAGAAGCAGAAGGAAACGGAGGAGCGCGAACUGGACGAGCAGCGGCUCUCGCAGAAGACGCUGCAGGAGCAGAUCCGGGCCGAGCAGGAGGACAUCAAGCAGCAGCGGGAACAGCUGUACCGGAAGAUGGAGAUCCUGUCCAGCCAGGGGCUGCUGCUGUCACCGAGUGUUGCCCUACCGGUACCGACCGGAGCGAUGACCUCGCAGCACGACGACCUGUCGAGCAACAGUGAGGAGUAUCACGUGGACAGCGGCCUCGGCGGAACGCCGAUCACCACCAUCGACCGGAGAAAGGACAAGUGGAGAACCGCUAGCAUAACCUCCAAGACGCCACCGGUGAAUCUGGUCAGCGCGACAAACGCCCCAAAGAUGAACGCUUCGACCAUCAAGCAGCAGCUACCGCUCAAGCUGUCCUCGCUGUCGUCCAGCUCAAAGUCAAACAACAACUCGGUGACGUCACCGGGCGGUGGAAGCAGUCCCAGUUUGAUGGCCGGUUCCGGGGCCAGUGGCGCUGGGAAUGCGGGCGGAGCCGGAGUUAUGCAGAUGUUUCCGCUGAAGUUGGCGGAUAAGAAGAUUAACGCGAGCUUACCGAACCACUCGAGAACCGGAAGUAGUCCGGCGGUGAUUCAGCAGCAGGUGCAGGUUCAGACGGGCAACCCGGCGACGAGAACCAACACCUACCCCAAGAUCCCCGAACGCUACCGGUUGCGCAGCUCGGACCAGUACCAGUCCCCGCAGCACUACACCAGUUCGGGCAACCCCGCCGCGUCCCAGUCCCAUCCGCACUCGCCUUCGUCCCCGUCGCCCUCGCACUCGCACCGUUCGGCGUCACUCCACGAACAGCACCAGCACCAGCUUCAUCUCCAGCAGCAGCAGUACCAACACCAUCAGCAGCAGCAUUUCCACCCCCAGCAUCACUCGAUCCACACGACGCCCCUGUCGUCGCGACACUCGAGUCUGCAGUCUCCGCCGCCGCAACAUCCGGGAGCAGGCGGCCCCGGAAUGUCCGCGGACAACAACAACGGAGGCAGCCCUGGCGGCGGCCAGCAGAACAACAAAAAGGACUCCGCCAAGAGCAACAAAGAGGAAGAGGUGAUUUAUUUUUGAUACAUGCCUGUCGAAGUCGAGAUCUAAGCUGGACUGGAUGCUUCUGUGCGCGCUGGUCGUCACCCUGUUGCUGCAGCUUCUCCGACUGAUCCUCUAUCCUGUGUUCUACUUGCUCUCCUAGGAAUGCAACCUACGCUGCAUUCGCCACCAUUUGUGCAAAUCACGGGUAAACCAAGUUUACUUCCUACCUUUCUUUUAAGACGAACGAACUAUUGAACGAAAAAUCAAUAAAAUUGAUGCAAACUUCUGUACAGUUUUAGCUUACUUUUCUACUUACUUGAAACAGAAAACUUUUAUGCUUUUUUGUGCGGCCUAUAAUUUAGAACGCUGCGCGCGUUCCGUCAAAAAGGCGAAGAUCGUCGAGAAAGAUUACAUUAUCAAAAAAUGGUGUAGCAAAACCAGAGUUAGUAGUGGAUUGUUUCUAUUUGUUCCAAAAAAAAACAAACAAAUUAACAACGUUACAGGAUAUAAUUCAAUGUGAAAAACACACACAUAAAAAACAUAUCUGUUGAUGGUUAGCAAACUGUCCUUUCAAUUCCACAAAAUGCGCACAAUGCAAUAUCCCCCCCAUUAAUCUGUCUCCGUUUUGUCAAAUUCAUUUCCACGUAACCCGAAAGUGAGAGUAAAUCUAAUUCUUAAAAUACAGUACAGUACAAUCUCCCCCUCCCCCUGACAAAGACAUUCCACGGUGGCGUGAUGGUGUGUGAGAUAUCUAAAGCGAUGCAUUCUUCAUAAUUUUGGAUCUUGGAGGAGAUUGGAGUUGGAAAUGCAACCAGAAUUGAGGAAAUCCCACUCAAAAAUGAUAUAUAUUCUUUUUUUUCGAUUUGACGUCUAAUUCAUGUUGAAAAUGGCAAAAAUUUGUUUGACUACAGAAAAAAAACUAAAAAAAAACAUACUUCUUCUGCUUCUCGAGGUAGAUAUUUCGUGCGCUGCAUCCACGGUAGUUGCUGGUGUGGUUACCUCCACAGUUUGCGCACUUGGGCGUGACUUGGUUUGCUCAGCGUUGUCCCCCAAGUCCGGAAACGGUAGCAUUCGCUACUUCCAUCGGGUUCUCGGAGUAAAACCGGCAGUAUACCCAACAACAAAAUACUUCCGUGGCGUUAAUUCGGCACAUGAGACCCUUCAGGUCAGAAAGUGGACGGUCUUGGCAACUCGGUAAUACAACCUUAAAAGCUGUCUUCAAAACGGGGUCGAAUGUGUAGAACUUGAAGUUGGUACGCUUCAAUUCUUCCACAACCAGGUCGUAGUUUUGUUUUGUCGAAUGAAGUCACUUGCACUAACGAUUUACCGAAUUUGAGACAGUAUCUGAGGACUUCCAGUAGCUUGUCACAAUCUGAGUGAUUGAAGCGUAAACAAGCAUCGAACAGAAACAUCAGAUGCCGCGACGUAAACAAAAGCCAAACUGUCAAAAAUAGAUACCCGUCACUGAAAAUGCUCACCUCAUGCAUCCAGUGCUGCCUAUUAUAUUGUUAUUGUUUUCCCCAUCAUCCAGCUUCUAUUGAGAAUGUUGGCUGAAGUUGAUGUACUAGUCGACAGAUUUUGGCCGGAAGAACCUGUGCGUUGCCUUGUCCUUUUGGGGCUGCUCUCCUGAACACGACAAUUGGCGGUAUUGUAAUAAACUUGAAUGAAAUAUUUCACCGCACAGCCUCCUUCGCGCGAUGACUUUCGACGCGGCGUUGGUUUGUUUACCUUUUUGAACUCGGCCGGUAGACGAACUUCGCGGGUGUUUCGAGGCCGCACUCGAACUGCCACGGCCGCGGUUGGCCUUUGGCAUGCUGCAGGAGCAAACCCCCACGGAUAAUUACGGUCAAUUACGGCGAAAAAUCUCGAAAAACCGAAGAGCACUGAACACUUGACAGCUGCUUGCUCUAGAGUGUACACGGAGAGAAUAACUCAAAAGAAGUGAUUUUGGACAGAAGAUUUGUUUUGUUAAUUUUCUAUGUGAAAUCUUCAACCAUUGAUGGAUUGUUUACGAAAUAUUUCAUCAUCAAACUUUGAGAACCCAUAGUCAUAUUCCCAUUUUCAGCUUUUGGUGGAUUCUUUGUGAAAUGUUUCCUCCGUCAAUUUUGACAGCGUUAUUUUGAGACAUUCAAAUGUAGACUGGACCCAAUUUUCACUCCAAGCUUUUCUGCGAUCCAAAAAUGAUGAAGGACACACACAAAAAAACUAUUAAAGACUUGAACACAUUAUAGUGUGUAAAUGUACAUAGCAAACAAUGUUAUCUCUAGUUAUACAUAAAAAUAAUCAAAAAAGACAAACUUGUGUAAGAGAAGAUACCACAAAACACAACACAAACACACAUUCAAACACAGAAACCUAACGUAGUUCCGUUCAAGACAAAUCCGGGAAUGCGUGUGAUAUCAAAAACAAACAGCUGUUAGUUUUCUACACCCAAAACUGUUACGUCGAAUGUUGCAUUUAUAUCAAGCUGUAGCAGAGCGUUUUAACCAGACAAGAUUACCACCAAAAGACAUAAAAACAAAUGCUUGAACUAUUGCUACACUUUUAACGAGACUGGAAUUAAUGAAUUUAAAUUCGCUUUUAGGUUUGUUACACUAGAACCACACUCACACAAAAAACUUGCUUGUUAACUUGACAAUUUGAAAAGAAAAAGAUACAAAUAUCUCGACAAUAUCGAAUCACACAGGAUUAGAGCAGCUUUUACGUUUGCCAAAUCAGUUAGCUAACAACAACAAAAAUAUCGCUCAAUACAAUCAGCUAAUUACAUGGGCAUUAACCGUCAUUUCCUUCCUUCCCAAUGCAAACAAAAACACACCCACACUGAUAUAAAAAUGCAAUCUUUCUGGAUUGUUUUACCCAACUGUACUGAACGUGGCUCGAUCGUGUUGCAGCACCGAGCAAAUGACAAAGUAUUAUUAAUUUUUAAGCAGAUGAUAACACAACAGAUAGAUACCAUUAUUUGCAAAACAAAGAGUAAAGGAAAAACAAAGAGAGAUAAAAAUACAACUUCUUGACAAUACAAAAUGUUCUAUAUAUACAACAUAAAAGCAAAACACGAUAGAGAAAAGAGAAACAACACGCUACACGCAGAGAAAUUGUAAAAAGCUUAUGAAAAUUUGAAAACUAUAAUGCUUCAGAUCAUACAAAAACUGAAAGAAUACAUAGCUUUAGACAACUAUCAGAGAAAGGAAUGAAACUGACAGGCGAAAACCGAAUAAACAAAAACAAAACAAUGUGUAUGUAUGUAUAGGUGAACCACUAUAAAGUACUAUCAAUCUAAGGAAUGCAAACAAAAAUAAAGAUACUUAAAAACUGCAGCAAAAAAAAAAUCCCCUCCCAAAAUUUGUAAAUAGUAGUGAACAGAGACUAUUUAACGUUUCAGAGAACAAGUAUUUUUAAUGAACUUGGGUAGGAAACAAAGCAAAAAAAAAAAAUGGAUACUUGAAGAUGAAACCCAGAUUAUAUAUACAAAACAACUACAUUCAACCGUAAAAUACAAGUGAAAAUUGAAACAUUGAAGGCAACUCAACAAAAUAAAAACAAAACAAACAAGACUUAAUCUGCUCAACUCUUCUAUAUUUAAUCGACAAAACAACACGAUGUUACAAAACACACACACACACAUUGGAGCGCACGCACGUGCAAGUGAGACUUAGUAGGCGAAAAACAAACACAACACACACACACACACUAUGAUUCAAAAACACACACAAACAUGGAACUUUCAAAACCGAUGUGCUACUACAAAAUACUUAACUUUUCUUCAUUCGCGAUGUAUUUUUGUAAACUUUUCAAACCGUUUAUUCUUCAUAAAUUGGAGAUUGAGGCGAAAACCGACAACUUUUUCCGCAAAUGUAUUUCCCCGUGUUUCGAUGUUGCUUCCACAGAACGAGACAUCCGCCGCCAUUUUUCCUCUCCUCAAGAAGGCAUCAGAGAAUACGUAUAAACAUUUCGAGUAGUAGUCAAGCAAAAUACAUUUAAAGAAAGCAGAAAGUUGUAAUCGCUGGAUGUAGAGCAUUCCUCGUGUGAGGGGCAAACAAAAAAAAAAUAAGCAAAACAAACAAAAAACGAUGUUAUUAUUGUUGUUCGUCAUAGCAUUCGGUAGUAGCCAUUUUUCCUCCCUCGGAGGAUUUUUUUCAGUGACAGCUCGCUGAUCUAGUAGGCGACGCAGUACACUGAAAGAAAUCGUCCGCCCGAAAGUGUAACGUUUCAUGCUCUGUUCCUGAUUCCGUUUUGGUUCGUUUUUUGACACAAAAAAAGAGUUCAAAGCAGUAUUUUU